UGCGCAUAGCACGCGAUGCACGACAGCGCAGGCAGCGCUCACUGACACAGGCGCGUCCGGCCUACGCCUUCUGGAUACUUGCAUAGGUCAACGUCCAUCGCCUUUCAGCCACGCUGGCCGAAUCCCGAUGUCGGAUGUGUUGGCCCAUCAUAUCGGGCGCAGAUGGGGGGCGACAAUUUUGCAGCAGCAAAUGCUGGCAGCGCACCCGCGCGGGCCCCACUACCUAGUAGGCCUACCUUCCUUCGUGUACAGCAUACCUAUUGUAUAACCUGGAGGCACUGCGCCAUCCCUCGCUGCUCUGGCCAGCUCUGAGUAACAUCGCGUUCGGUUUCCAGCCUUGAUCACUGCGAGGUCUUCCCGUUCUCUGUCUCGACAUUUGCCAGUUUGACUAUGGGUAUCACAUCGUCGAAAACAACGGUCGACGAGCCUGAGCUCUAUGCCACCCCGCUGCCUUCGGGCGCUCCGAAUGACAAGCCACAGGCGGAUUGGAAGUCUUAUGACUAUGUCGUAGUUGGAGGCGGUACUGCGGGAUGCGUCCUGGCAUCCCGGCUGUCGGAAGACCCGGAUGUCUCUGUGCUCAUAUUGGAGGCAGGCCCGAGCCAUGAAGGUCAGCUUAUGAGCCGCAUGCCGCUCGGCUUUUCCAAGCUACUCCAGGGCGAUUGCGACUGGGACUACGAGACCACCUCGCAGCCUAACUUGGAGGGUCGCUCUUUGUCGUGGGCAAGGGGAAAGAUGUUGGGUGGGACAAGUGGAUUAAAUGCGCUCGUCUACCACAGAUCAUCCCCGGACGACUUCGACAACUGGGUCCGGCGCGGUGGUGAAGGCUGGGGUUACGAAGCAAUGCGGAGGUACUUCGACAAGUCAGAACGCGUCGUAUCUGACCCACAGGCCCCUAUCGACACGUCGCACCAUGGCCUCUCUGGUCUCUGGAAGGUCCGCAGCUUCCCGAUCACAACGAUCUCGACUAGGUUCAUUGAGGCGGCGGAGCGUGUCGGGAUCCCGCGCAAGACGGACUUCACGACAUCUGAAGGCACGAUUGGUGCGGGCCCAUGCAUGACUUUCAUCGACGAAAAAGGCGAACGAAGCUCCGCUGCCUCUGCGUACCUCCCGCCCUCCGUCUUACGUCGCCCAAACCUGACCGUCGCCGUACGCGCAAUGGUAGAGCAAAUUCUCUUCACCCCUGUCGCCGACGGAGCGCCUCCGCGCGCAGCAGGCGUGCGCCUCGCCGCACGUCGCAGCGGCCCACACUUCGGCGUCGCGGCGAAGCGCGAGGUCGUCCUGUGCGCAGGCGCAAUCGCGUCUCCGCAGCUACUCAUGGUCUCUGGCAUCGGCCCCGCGGAGCAUUUGCGGAAGCAUAGAAUUGAGGUCGUGCGGGACGCGCCGGACGUCGGUCAGCACUUGAGCGAGCAUGUCAACUCAGGCUCGAUGAUCUACAGGGCAAAGCUGGGGAUGACGCUCGAUGCGCUGAACCGCCCGCUGAACGCGAUCUCGGCCCUCGUACGGUGGCUCAUCACGGGUGGGGGCCCGAUGUCUGUGCCGCCGACGGAGGCGGCUAUCUUUGUGCGCUCGGACGACGAGAGCCUUCCAUAUGCGCCGAAGGGAAGGGCACCGACCCAGACGGUGUCGCGCAGCUCCGGGCCCGGCGCACCGGACCUCGAGAUCGUGUUCUGCCCUAUGACUAUCAUCCGUAUCAACACUGGGUUCCUAGUACCGCCUUCCGACGUCGAGGGUGUCACCAUUGGUGCGAUCCUGCUGCACCCGGAGAGCAACGGCUCCAUCACGCUGCAGUCUCCAUCCAUCUGGGACAAGCCACUCAUUGACGCACAGUACCUCGCCUCUGAGAACGACGUGAAGGUGCUGCUCAAGGGCAUGCGCCUCACCCUCCGGUUGGCAAAGACGGAACCGCUCGCGUCGUGCUUCCAGCCGAUCGCGCGGGCAAAAGAGGGCGUUGACCACUACUGGGCGAGCAACGUCGACCCGGAUACCGUGACCGACGAGGAACUGGAGAAGCUUCUCAGGCGGAACGCCCAGAGCGCGUGGCAUCCGACAUGCACAGUGCGGAUGGGCACCGACCCCGCGACGAGCGCCGUCGACCCGGAGCUUCGUGUGCACGGUGUGCAGGGUCUGCGGGUCGUCGACGCGUCCGUGUUCCCGGCGCAGGUAUCGGGGCACACGUGCGCGGUCGUCAUCGCUCUGGCUGAGCGUGCGGCGGACUUGAUUACGGGCAAGGUGACGGUGUGAGGGAUGUGAGAGGGGUAUACUCUGUGUCAUGCUGCUUUGCAUUCCUUGGGGCCUGUACGUUCGCUAUCGACGUUACUUAUGAUAUUGGAUCUCGUAUUUCAGUCAUGAUACCGCGCUCUAUUCGCCCUCAUGAGCAUCUGAACAUCUUCUCGCGAUGAAACCCAAGGAGAGACAUGUUGUAUGUGCUCACCGGCGAAGCUGCUGCCGGCAGCACUUGCCAUAUCGGUGAGCGGUGUUGCCAGAGCUUCGGAUC